UCGGCGGCGAUGGAAGAACUUACGGCGUUCGUCUCUAAGUCUUUUGACCAGAAAGUGAAGGAGAAGAAGGAGGCGAUCACGUACCGAGAGGUGCUGGAGAGCGGGCCGCUGCGCGGGACCAAGGAGCCGACGGGCUGCGCCGAGCCGGGCCGCGACGACCGCAGCAGCCCGGCAGUCCGGGCGGCCAGCGGAGGCGGCGGCGGAGGCGGCGGCGGAGGCGGAGGCGGAGGCGGAGGAGGCGGAGGAGGUGCAGGAGGAGGAGGAGCAGGCGGAGGAGCUGGAGGAGGGCGCUCUCCCGUCCGGGAGCUGGACAUGGGCGCCGCUGAGAGAAGCAGGGAGCCUGGCAGCCCGCGGCUCACGGAGGUGUCCCCAGAGCUGAAGGAUCGCAAGGAGGAUGCAAAAGGGAUGGAGGACGAAGGCCAGACCAAAAUCAAGCAAAGGCGAAGUCGGACCAAUUUCACUCUGGAACAACUCAACGAACUGGAGAGGCUUUUCGAUGAGACCCACUACCCAGACGCUUUCAUGCGCGAGGAACUGAGCCAAAGGCUGGGACUGUCCGAAGCCCGAGUGCAGGUUUGGUUUCAAAAUCGAAGAGCAAAAUGUAGAAAACAAGAAAAUCAACUCCAUAAAGGUGUUCUCAUAGGGGCUGCCAGCCAGUUUGAAGCUUGUAGAGUUGCACCCUAUGUCAACGUAGGUGCUUUAAGGAUGCCAUUUCAGCAGGAUAGUCAUUGCAACGUGACGCCCUUGUCCUUUCAGGUUCAGGCGCAGCUGCAGCUGGACAGCGCCGUGGCGCACGCGCACCACCACCUGCACCCGCACCUGGCCGCGCACGCGCCCUAUAUGAUGUUCCCGGCGCCGCCCUUCGGACUGCCGCUGGCCACCCUGGCGGCGGACUCAGCCUCCGCCGCCUCUGUGGUGGCUGCGGCCGCCGCAGCCAAGACCACCAGCAAGAACUCCAGCAUCGCGGAUCUCAGACUGAAAGCCAAAAAGCACGCUGCCGCCCUGGGUCUGUGACGCCAACGCCAGCGCCGA